AUGAAUAUGCCAAAUAUUUUAUUCAGAGGCUUUCCAGAUUCAGCUCCUUCUGUAGAUUUCAUUGAUGACCAUGAAACACGAGAUCCUGCUAAGCUUCCUGUGGUGUUUACCGAAUAUCAAGGAAGAGAAAAACCUUUAUUACUGGCACCUCUUUAUUUAUAUGUUUUAUCUGAGUCAACGAUAUUUUCUACAAAUUCACACAUAAUAACAGAUCAUUAUUGGCUUAAUAACAAGUAUAUUAAAAGUGUACAAUCGGAAAGCAACGGUACUGCUUUGAAUGAUAGCACAACACAAGGAAAGUCAUUGGAGACUCAUAAAGAGGACUGUCAUCCAAAAAGUGUACAUUCUCAUCACAAAGAUUCUUCAAAUUUUAAUAACAAAUUUCCAAAAUUUGUGCAAAAAUUUAUCAGUUCUUCAAAUCAAGAUAAAGCCAAAAAUAGCAGCAAUUGAAAUAUGGAUUUCUUAGACGAUGUCCCAAUCGAAGAGAACUCAUCAGAACUAUCAAAAUACAGACACUCCAUUCAUUACAUCUCCAAAUCCGAACCAGGCAGAAAACGAAGAAUGAUCCACUGUGGGUACACUCCCUGUACAAAGAAAUUCAGAAAAUCCUGGAAUUUCAUCGAACAUGCCAGGACUCAUCUCGGCAUCAAGCCGUAUCAGUGCAGGAGUUGUUCGAGGAGUUUCACGCAGAAGGCCAAUUUGGCUAAGCAUAUGAGGAGGCAAAGACAUUAGGGUUAAGGAUUAUGGAUAAGAUAGUUUGAAGGGUGAGUUGGAACGUGAUUUUGGUGGGCAAGGUUGGAUGGGGAUUUUGGGAACAGUAGUUCAGCAGUAGUUGGGGUGGGAGGAUGG